AUGGCUAGUCCUAGCCAUCGACGCUUCGGCUCUCAUGGCCAGCGCCAAGGUCUCGUUCACAAUGACGCCCUCGAACCCGGUCCUGUUUACAACAAGACCUACGGCGCUGAAGAGACGCUUCCUCCUCCAAACACCACUAGCAACGAACUCAAGCGAACCCAGUGGCGGCGGAGUGGUGAAGGCCCAAACAUGAAGCUUUUCAGGAUCAAAACAGGCGGCGAAAGUGGCCGCGGCGGCAUUCACCCCUGGCACUUCUUCAGAAUCUGCUUCCGUUCUUCCUGCAAAGCCAGCGCGGCCGUCAAUAUCCUCUGGCCUAUUGUUCCCGUCGCUUUGGCUGUUAGAUACUCUUUGCCGGAACAGCAUGUUCUCAUCUUCACCCUCUCCUACAUUGCAAUGGCGCCUUGCGCCAACCUUAUUGGAUUCGCUGGCCAAGAGCUUGCACGCAAACUUCCCCAUGUGCUCGGCGUGCUUAUUGAGACGACGGUCGGUUCUAUCGUCGAGAUCAUUCUCUUCAUGGUUCUACUCUCCAAAGACCAAUUUCUUGUCAUAAAGGCUGCUAUCCUCGGUUCGAUUCUAGCUACUAUGCUUCUCUGCCUGGGUCUCUGUUUUUUCGUCGGAGGUUUAUAUCAUGAGGAACAGAGCUUCAGCGAUACUAUCAGUGAGGCCGGUAGUGGAUUACUUCUCACAGCCGGCGUGGCGUUAGCUAUUCCCACCGUCUUUCAGCGAGGACUCCCGGAAUCCAACAUGACAGCUGCAGAGAUUGCCGACAAGACCCUAGACAUCUCGAGAGUUGUAUCCAUCCUCCUCAUCAUUGCAUACUGUGUCUUUGUCUUUUUCCAAGCCCGGACGCACCACGGCCUCUACCAUGACAUUUUCGAAAUGGACGAAGAGCGCGACCGUGAUGGCCAUAAGGACGCCGCCAAGGACAAGCUCACCCUGAUAGAGUGUCUUAUUGCGCUAAGUGUUGCCGUUGCUCUGGUUACUCUAAUUGCUAUUACCCUCGUCUUGCAAAUCGAGCCUAUAAUUGUGCACUCAAGAGUAUCUGACGCCUUCAUGGGUCUUAUCUUGGUUCCUUUGGUUGAGAAAUUCGCCGAGCACAUCACCGCUAUUGACGAGGCAUGGGACAACCAGAUGAAUUUUGCGCUGUCACAUGUCCUGGGUGCCACUCUUCAGACUGCCCUUUUCAACGCCCCCUUGGUUGUCGUCGUUGCUUGGGGCUACAAUAAGCCUCUGGAUCUAGACUUUGGCAUCUUUGACCUCGUUAUGCUUAUUCUAGCCAUUUUAACUGUUGGUCGGUUUUUGCAAGAUCAGAAAAGCAACUAUCUUGAAGGUUUUCUCCUGGUUAUUCUUUACGUUGCUAUCGCAGUCUCUGCUUUCUACUAUCCGAACCCAGGCCACGAGGGGGCCGAAGGGUCUGGUCCUUCUGCAGAAGGCAUAGAAGCUGGCGAGAAGUUUCGCCUUUUCUGA